UUCAUGUCAAAUUCUUAUUCAUUUAACCUCGUCUCUAAAUAAAUUGAAAGGCUUUGACUUCUUUUCAAAUACCAUAGAUGGAUAUUAAAUGAGGUCAAGGGAGGUAGAAUAGUUUACAAACAUUAUUAAUGACAUGUCUUAGAGGACAGGUGGCAGUAUUCAAGUCAAAAAGUAUAUAUGGUUGUGUUCCUAUUCCUUUGUUCAUGACAUAGAUUUUAUGACUGCCCCAAACAUGAAGCAAAAUCAUAGUUUAAUUUAGUUGGUUUACAUUCGACGGAUUUAACCGAUUUAAGAUUCUCCUUAUCUAUGAAAAAGUCUAUUAUCUGAAGCUGCAAUUAGAGGUAAUUUUCUUGUAGGAAUGAACCAUAUGCAAAAUUGUCAAAGAUGCUCAGCUAAUCAAUGAAUUUUGUUUUGGGUUUUCACUUUAUUAAGCUAAGGAUAAUUUGACAAUGACAACCCCAGUAAAAUCUAAUCCUAUAUUGCUGCUUUACACCUUUUUUCUUUUUCUUCGUUUUUGAUGAAACAAUAUCUUCAAGCCUUGUAUAUGAAUAUCAAAGGGUGUUUUAUCGUUUUUGAUAAAGACGACUACUCCAUCCUAGAGCAAAUUAAUCAAAGCUUGGUUUUCAUAUGCAAAUCCCCGAAUUCCUGCUUAUUUUUGCGGUGGUGAAACAUGUGGCAGGUUUAAUUGCAGCAGAAAUUUCAAUAUCCAUGGCUCUCCACUCAGCUGCUGCCAAGCUCCCAGUGGUAGACCUUUUCGAUGAGAAUUGUAAGCCUGGAACUGCUUCUUGGGUCUCCAAAUGCAACGACGUUCGAGUAGCGCUUGAAGAAUACGGCUGCUUCCUUACACCUUAUCACCAAGUUCCAUCUCAGCUCCAGGAUCAAGUCUUUAACUCCCUGCAACAACUGUUUGAUCUUCCUCUAGAAACCAAGCUUCAAAACACCUCUCACAAACCUUAUUUCGGUUACUUUAAACACCCCUCCAUUCCUCUCAGUGAAAGCAUGGGCAUUGAUGACCCUACCAGUCUUGACGGAACUCAAAGUUUCACUCAUCUCAUGUGGCCUAAUGGCAACCAAAAAUUCUGUCAAAAUGUUCAUUCGUAUGCAAAGCUGGUAUCCCAACUGGACCAAAUGGUGAAAAAGAUGGUGUUUGAAAGCUAUGGUGUAGAAAAAUACUAUGAAUCUCACAUCGAUUCCACCAGUUAUCUUCUUCGGCUGAUCAAAUAUAGAGUGCCCCAUGAAGGGGAAACAAUUGAUAACUGUGGGUUUCCUCACACUGACAAGAGCUUCUUAACCAUACUUCAUGACAAUCAAGUUGCAGGCCUUCAGACCAAAACUAAAGAUGGCAAUUGGAUUUGUGUUCAGCCCUCUGGUUCAAUGUUCAUUGUCAUGGCCGGUGAUGCAUUCUUGGCAUGGAGCAAUGGAAGAGUACACUCAGCAACUCACCGUGUGGUUAAGGAGGAGAACAAAGAAAGAUAUUGCCUUGCAUUGUUUUCAUUUAGCGGUGAGACCAUAGAAGCGCCGGCUGAGCUAAUUGAUGAAGCUCACCCCUUGAUGUUUAGGCCCUUUCAAAAUAUGGACUUACUCCGACUCUAUUCCCUUGAUGAUCUCCAUAGAUAUGAUCAGAUGUUUAAUGGUCAGGCCUAAUAUAAUGUAUAAUUUAGGUAAAGUUGUAUUAUAUUUCAACUUUUAAUUAUACAUAUAUAUUUCAUUUAAUACAUCCUUUGGAAUUUCUGUUA